GGCUGGAGCAACCCCGAGCUAUUACCGAAAUGCUGGCCUGGUCAGUCGCCCGAACGGCGUCACAAAUACCUCGAUGGGCUGCAGCGCAGUGGAAGGAUCGAACCAGCACGCACGUCGGGACAAUAUGGUUGGCCAGGGAUAUUUGCACUGCACAAACUCUCGGAGACAUUUGCCGAGAUACAGCGAAGAAGGGAGUCCAUGCAGCGAGCUUGGCCCCUUGACAAAGACUUUUUGGCCCAGGCCAAGCCCGAUGUUAUCUGUAAUCGUGGAUUGGGUUUUCCAUCCGCCGCUCGACGUCUAAAGUCGGAUCCCUCCUCUCUGUAUGGUGGGAAUUUCGGCAGCCGUCUCGGAAAAUCUUCCGGACAAUUUCCCUCCCCCAACCCCCGGAAGAGCCACAUCAAAUCGGGUGGAUUACGGGGUGCAAUUGGCGGGCAAUGGUGGGGUACCAUCGCGGGGCAGCGUGACAAGACGGAUGGAGCUCGGAUGGACGUGAGAAAGUAA